CCCCCUGUAACCCGACAAGCCCCCCAAGCUGCCAACCGCCCUCUCUUGAGGAAAAUUGGCAAAAGCUUAAAUUUUUCCCUUGCUUUCUUGUCCAAGAACAAGAAUUAGGACCUAGAAGCCUCUUGAAGCAAGAAAAAUCCCAGAUCUAGCUACCUUCCUCCUCCCCUAUCGUCGGUUUCAGCUUGGUGUGGGUGUGAAUUUCUUGGUUUCUGGUUGCCGUGAGUUGCUCCAUUUCUUUUUCCCCGUCGGCUUCCUUCCCAGCUGGACCCGGUGCUACUUGCCGAAAGAUUUUGGGUAUGUGGCAACUUCUUGAAUUCAACUUUUACCCAUUUAGUUGCUAAAAUUAUCCAUGUAAUUACUGCCCCUGUACUGUUCAAUUUCUGCCGAAAUAUAGAAGAAAUUGGUAGCACUUUAAGUUGUGUUUUUAGUUUAAUUCAUGUAGAAAUCUCUUGAUUUAGUUGCUGUGAGGUUUAUAUGGAAAAAUCCCGUGACUCAGCCAAUUUUUGCCAAAGCCGGUUCCUCCAUGUUCUGUCCAUGAAUUUGAGAAAUGUUGUUCUUGAGUGUUCUGUUACCCGAGCACUUGGCUUGAGUUUUCGGUAUUACGUGAUUUGAGGUAAGUAAAUUACGGUAACACCUUUAAAUUUUAAAGCAUAUUUUAAAUUGUUUUUAAGAUGGUUGUAACGUUUAAAUUGAUUUUAUUAGCACCAAGUAUGAUUGGUUUGAAAUGGAAUUAUUUUCAUUUUCAUUGAGUAGUCAUUGAGUAGAGCACGCCUACUUGGAGUUUACUGAACUACUUUGAUGGUUUGAAAAUUUUUGUAAAUUAUGAUUUUCUUGUUGAUCCAUGCCCACAUGGAAUUUUUAA